AUGUCUUUGGAGACGUGGGGCAGUCAAGGAGGUUGCUAUUGUGAUUCCGUCUGUCCGGAUUAUGGCGACUGCUGUCCAGAUUACCAUACCUAUUGCGUCCACAAACAUCCACAUUAUGGCGCUGGUAAAGCUACCUGUCAAUUCCGAUGUUACACAUGGGGCAGCCAAGGAGGAUGCUAUUGUGAUUCUGUGUGCCCAACUUUUGGCGACUGCUGUCCAGAUUACAAUAUCUAUUGCGUCCAUUCACAUCCACAUGAUAGCUCUGGUGAAGCAACUUGCGUUGAUAGAUGUUACUCCUGGGGCAGUCAAGGAGGAUGUGCCUGUGACUCGGCGUGUACAUAUUAUGAAGACUGCUGUUCAGACUUCACUACUGUCUGCAAACGCACACCUGGUAAUGAUACCUUUGGAGACGCUUCUUGUCAGUUCAGAUGCUAUACUGACGGCAGUCAAGGAGGAUGCUACUGUGAUUCCGUCUGUCCAGAUUAUGGCGACUGCUGUCCUGAUUACCAGACUUAUUGCGUCCAUUCAACGCCAGAUGACUCUGGUGAAGCUUCUUGUCAGUUCCGAUGUUACACAUGGGGCGGUCAGGGAGGCUGCUAUUGUGAUUCCUCGUGCCCGUAUUUUGGCGACUGCUGUCCAGAUUACGAAACAUAUUGCGUCCAUUCCAAUCCAGAUGACUCCGGGGAAGUCAAGGAGGAUGUUAUUGUGACUCAGCGUGUCCGUAUUUCAAUGACUGCUGUACAGACUUCAAUUCUAUUUGCACACGCCAUCCUGGACCUAGUACCCCUGGUGAUGCUUCCUGCGUCAAUCGAUGUUACUCCUGGGGCAGUCAAGGAGGAUGUUACUGUGACUCGUCUUGUACGUUUUGGGGCGAUUGCUGUUCUGAUUUCAGUUCUGUUUGCGUACGCCAACCUGGAAAUGAUGUCUUUGGAGAUGCUUCGUGUCAGUUCAGAUGCUAUACUGACGGCAGUCAAGGAGGUUGUUACUGUGAUUCCGUGUGCCCAAAUUAUGGUGACUGUUGCCAUGAUUACAAUGCCUAUUGCAUCCAUUCAACGCCACAUGACUCCGGUGAAGUGGGGCAGUCAAGGAGGUUGCUAUUGUGAUUCCGUCUGUCCGGAUUAUGGCGACUGCUGUCCAGAUUACCAUACCUAUUGCGUCCACAAACAUCCACAUUAUGGCGCUGGUAAAGCUACCUGUCAAUUCCGAUGUUACACAUGGGGCAGCCAAGGAGGAUGCUAUUGUGAUUCUGUGUGCACAACUUUUGGCGACUGCUGUCCAGAUUACAAUAUCUAUUGCGUCCAUUCACAUCCACAUGAUAGCUCUGGUGAAGCAACUUGCGUUGAUAGAUGUUACUCCUGGGGCAGUCAAGGAGGAUGUGCCUGCGACUCGGCGUGUACAUAUUACAAUGACUGCUGUUCAGACUUCACCUCUAUCUGCAAACGCACACCUGGUAAUGAUACCUUUGGAGACGCUUCUUGUCAGUUCAGAUGCUAUACUGACGGCAGUCAAGGAGGAUGCUACUGUGAUUCCGUCUGUCCAGAUUAUGGCGACUGCUGUCCUGAUUACCAGACUUAUUGUGUCCAUUCAACGCCAGAUGACUCUGGUGAAGCAACCUGCGUUAACCGAUGUUACUCAUGGGGCAGUCAAGGAGGAUGUUAUUGUGACUCGGCGUGUACGUAUUUCGGAGACUGCUGUUCAGACUUCACUGCUGUGUGCACACGCCAACCUGGACCUAAUAUCCCUGGUGAUGCUUCUUGUCAGUUCCGAUGUUACACAUGGGGCGGUCAGGGAGGCUGCUAUUGUGAUUCCUCGUGCCCGUAUUUUGGUGACUGCUGUCCAGAUUACAAAACAUAUUGCGUCCAUUCCAAUCCAGAUGACUCUGGGGAAGCAACCUGCGUUAAUCGGUGUUACUCCUGGGGCAGUCAAGGAGGAUGUUAUUGUGACUCAGCGUGUCCGUACUUCAAUGACUGCUGUACAGACUUUGAUUCUGUUUGCACACGCCAACCUGGGCCUAGUACCCCUGGUGAUGCUUCCUGCGUCAAUCGAUGUUACUCCUGGGGCAGUCAAGGAGGAUGUUACUGUGACUCGUCUUGUACGUUUUGGGGCGAUUGCUGUUCUGACUUCAGUUCUGUUUGCGUACGCCAACCUGGAAAUGAUGUCUUUGGAGAUGCUUCGUGUCAGUUCAGAUGCUAUACUGACGGCAGUCAAGGAGGUUGUUACUGUGAUUCCGUCUGCCCAAAUUACGGUGACUGUUGCCAUGAUUACAAUGCCUAUUGCAUCCAUUCAACUCCAAAUGACUCUGGUGAAGGAAGCUGUGUUAAUCGCUGUUACUCCUGGGGCAGUCAAGGAGGAUGUUUUUGUGACUCGGCGUGUACGUAUUGGGGCGAUUGUUGUUUAGACUUCACCUCUGUUUGCACGCGCUCACCUGCAAAUAAUGUCUUUGGAGACGCUUCCUGUCAAUUCCGAUGUUACCAAUGGGGCAGUCAAGGAGGUUGCUACUGUGAUUCCGUCUGCCCAACUUUUGGCGACUGCUGUCCAGAUUACCAUACCUAUUGCGUCCACAAACAUCCACAUUAUGGCGCUGGUAAAGCAACCUGCGUUGAUCGAUGUUACUCCUGGGGCAGUCAAGGAGGAUGUGCCUGCGACUCAGCGUGUACAUAUUUUAACGACUGCUGUUCAGACUUCACUUCGAUUUGCACACGCGCACCUGGAAAUGAUGUCUUUGGAGACGCUACAUGUCAGUUCCGAUGUUACACAUGGGGCAGCCAAGGAGGAUGCUAUUGUGAUUCUGUGUGUCCAACUUUUGGCGACUGCUGUCCAGAUUACAAUAUCUAUUGCGUCCAUUCACAUCCACAUGAUAGCUCUGGUGAAGCAACUUGCGUUGAUAGAUGUUAUUCCUGGGGCAGUCAAGGAGGAUGUGCCUGUGACUCGGCGUGUACAUAUUACGAUGACUGCUGUUCAGACUUCACCUCUAUCUGCAAACGCACACCUGCUAAUGAUACCUUUGGAGACGCUUCUUGUCAGUUCAGAUGCUAUACUGACGGCAGUCAAGGAGGAUGCUACUGUGAUUCCGUCUGUCCAGAUUAUGGCGACUGCUGUCCUGAUUACCAGACUUAUUGCGUCCAUUCAACGCCAGAUGACUCUGGUGAAGCAACCUGCGUUAACCGAUGUUACUCCUGGGGCAGUCAAGGAGGAUGUUAUUGUGAUUCGGCGUGUACGUAUUUCGGCGACUGCUGUUCAGACUUCACUGCUGUGUGCACACGCCAACCUGGACCUAAUAUCCCUGGUGAUCCUUCUUGUCAGUUCCGAUGUUACACAUGGGGCGGUCAGGGAGGCUGCUAUUGUGAUUCCUCGUGCCCGUAUUUUGGCGACUGCUGUCCAGAUUACGAAACAUAUUGCGUCCAUUCCAAUCCAGAUGACUCUGGGGAAGCAACCUGCGUUAAUCGGUGUUACUCCUGGGGCAGUCAAGGAGGAUGUUAUUGCGACUCAGCGUGUCCGUAUUUCAAUGACUGCUGUACAGACUUCAAUUCUAUUUGUACACGCCAUCCUGGACCUAGUACCCCUGGUGAUGCUUCCUGCGUCAAUCGAUGUUACUCCUGGGGCAGUCAAGGAGGAUGUUACUGUGACUCGUCUUGUACGUUUUGGGGUGAUUGCUGUUCUGACUUCAGUUCUGUUUGCGUACGCCAACCUGCAAAUGAUGUCUUUGGAGAUGCUUCGUGUCAGUUCAGAUGCUAUACUGACGGCAGUCAAGGAGGUUGUUACUGUGAUUCCGUCUGCCCAAAUUACGGUGACUGUUGCCAUGAUUACAAUGCCUAUUGCAUCCAUUCAACGCCAAAUGACUCUGGUGAAGCUUCCUGUCAAUUCCGAUGUUACCAAUGGGGCAGUCAAGGAGGUUGCUACUGUGAUUCCGUGUGCCCCAAUUAUGGCGACUGCUGUCCAGAUUACCAUACCUAUUGCGUCCACAAACAUCCACAUUAUGGCGCUGGUAAAGCUACCUGUCAAUUCCGAUGUUACACAUGGGGCAGCCAAGGAGGUUGCUUUUGUGAUUCUGUGUGCCCAACUUUUGGCGACUGCUGUCCAGAUUACAAUAUCUAUUGCGUCCAUUCACAUCCACAUGAUAGCUCUGGUGAAGCAACUUGCGUUGAUAGAUGUUACUCCUGGGGCAGUCAAGGAGGAUGUGCCUGCGACUCGGCGUGUACAUAUUACAAUGACUGCUGUUCAGACUUCACCUCCAUCUGCAAACGCACACCUGGUAAUGAUACCUUUGGAGACGCUUCUUGUCAGUUCAGAUGCUAUACUGAUGGCAGUCAAGGAGGAUGCUACUGUGAUUCCGUCUGUCCAGAUUAUGGCGACUGCUGUCCUGAUUACCAGACUUAUUGCGUCCAUUCAACGCCAGAUGACUCUGGUGAAGCAACCUGCGUUAGCCGAUGUUACUCAUGGGGCAGUCAAGGAGGAUGUUAUUGUGACUCGGCGUGUACGUAUUUCGGCGACUGCUGUUCAGACUUCACUGCUGUGUGCACACGCCAACCUGGACCUAAUAUCCCUGGUGAUGCUUCUUGUCAGUUCCGAUGUUACACGUGGGGCAGUCAAGGAGGUUGCUAUUGUGAUUCCUCGUGCACCUAUUUUGGCGACUGCUGUCCAGAUUACAAAACAUAUUGCGUCCAUUCCGAUCCAGAUGACUCUGGGGAAGCAACCUGCGUUAAUCGGUGUUACUCCUGGGGCAGUCAAGGAGGAUGUUAUUGCGACUCAGCGUGUCCGUACUUCAAUGACUGCUGUACAGACUUUGAUUCUGUUUGCACACGCCAACCUGGGCCUAGUACCCCUGGUGAUGCUUCCUGCGUCAAUCGAUGUUACUCCUGGGGCAGUCAAGGAGGAUGUUACUGUGACUCGUCUUGUACGUAUUUCGAUGACUGCUGUUCAGACUUCAGUUCUGUUUGCGUACGCCAACCUGCAAAUGAUGUCUUCGGAGAUGCUUCUUGUCAGUUCAGAUGCUAUACUGACGGCAGUCAAGGAGGAUGCUACUGUGAUUCCGUGUGCCCAAAUUACGGUGACUGCUGUCCUGAUUACAACGCCUAUUGCAUCCAUUCAACGCCAAAUGACUCUGGUGAAGGAAGCUGCGUGAAUCGCUGUUACUCCUGGGGCAGUCAAGGAGGAUGUUUUUGUGACUCGGCGUGUACGUAUUGGGACGAUUGCUGUUUAGACUUCACCUCUGUUUGCACGCGCUCACCUGCAAAUAAUGUCUUUGGAGACGCUUCCUGUCAGUUCCGAUGUUACCAAUGGGGCAGUCAAGGAGGUUGCUAUUGUGAUUCCGUCUGUGCGGACUAUGGCGACUGCUGUCCAGAUUACCAUACCUACUGCGUCCAUAAGCAUCCACAUUAUGGCGCUGGAAAAGCAAGCUGCGUUGACCGAUGUUACUCCUGGGGAAGUACAGGAGGAUGUGCUUGCGACUCAGCGUGUACAUAUUUUAACGACUGCUGUUCGGACUUCACUUCUGUUUGCACACGCGCACCUGGAAACGAUGUCUUUGGAGAUGCCUCCUGUCAAUUCCGGUGCUACACGUGGGGCAGUCAAGGUGGUUGCUAUUGUGAUUCCGUCUGCCCAACUUUUGGCGACUGUUGUCCAGAUUACCAUACCUAUUGCGUCCAUUCACAUCCACAUGAUAGCUCCGGUGACACAAGCUGCGUUGAUCGAUGUUACACCUGGGGCAGUCCAGGAGCGUGUGCUUGCGACUCGGCGUGUACAUAUUACGAUGACUGCUGUUCAGACUUCGCUACGGUGUGCAUACGAGAACCUGGAAAUGAUGUCUUUGGAGAUGCUUCUUGUCAGUUCAGAUGCUAUGCUGACGGCAGUCAAGGAGGUUGCUAUUGUGAUUCCGUGUGUCCAGAUUAUGGCGACUGCUGUCCUGAUUACAAUAUCUAUUGCGUCCAUUCGCAUCCACACAAUGGUCCUGGUGAAGCUUCUUGUCAGCUCAGAUGCUUUACUACAGGCGGUCAAGGAGGUUGCUAUUGUGAUUCUGCGUGUCUAUUUUUCGGCGACUGCUGUCCUGAUUACAAUAUCAUUUGCGUCCAUUCACCUGAAGCAACCUGCGUCAAUCGAUGUUACUCAUGGGGCAGUCAAGGAGGAUGUAAUUGUGACUCGGCAUGUACGUAUUUCAACGACUGUUGUGCAGACUUCGCUGCUGUGUGCACACGCGCACCUGGCGAUGAUGUUGCUGGUAAUGCUUCUUGUCAGUUCAGAUGCUACACUCAAGGCAGUCAAGGAGGAUGCUACUGUGAUUCCUUGUGCACAUAUUUUGGCGACUGCUGUCCUGAUUACAAAACCUACUGCGUCCAUUCAUCGUCGGAUGACUCGGGUGAAGCAACCUGCGUUAAUCGAUGUUACUCCUCGGGCAGUCAAGGAGGAUGUUAUUGCGACUCAGCGUGCCCGUAUUUCAAUGACUGCUGUACAGACUUCGAUUCGGUUUGCACACGCCAACCUGGACCUAGUACCCCUGGUGAUGCUUCCUGUGUCAAUCGAUGUUACUCCUGGGGCAGUCAAGGAGGAUGUUAUUGCGACUCAGCGUGUCCGUAUUUCAACGACUGCUGUACAGACUUCGAUUCCGUUUGCAUACGUGCACCUGGAGAUGAUGUCUUUGGAGACGCUUCUUGUCAGUUCCGAUGUUACACCGACGGCAGUCAAGGAGGUUGCUAUUGUGAUUCCGUCUGCCAGGAUUACGGAGACUGCUGUCCCGAUUACAAUAUCUUUUGUGUCCACUCUACGCCAGAUGAUUCCGGUGAAGCAACCUGUGAAAAUAGAUGUUACUCCUGGGGCAGUCAAGGAGGAUGCUAUUGUGAUUCAGCGUGUAUGCAUUUCGACGACUGCUGCUCGGACUUCACCACUGUUUGCAUUCGCACGCCUCAAAAUGAUAUCCUUGGAGAUGCUUCCUGUCAAUUCCGGUGUUACACAUGGGGCAGUGAAGGAGGAUGCUAUUGUGAUUCCGUGUGCCCAAGUUUCGGCGACUGCUGUCCAGAUUACAAUAUCUAUUGCGUCCAUAAUCAUCCACAUUAUCCCGGUGGAAAAGGGAGCUGCGUCGAUCGAUGCUACUCCUGGGGCAGUCAAGGAGGAUGUGCUUGCGACUCGGCGUGUACAUUUUACAAUGACUGCUGUACAGACUUCACUGCUGAGUGCGUACGCGAACCAGGAAACGAUGUCUUCGGAGAUGCUUCCUGUCGAUUCCGAUGUUACACAUGGGGCAGCCAAGGAGGAUGCUUUUGUGAUUCUGUUUGCCCAACUUUUGGCGACUGCUGUCCAGAUUACAAUAUCUAUUGCGUCCAUUCACAUCCACAUGAUAGCUCUGGAGAAGCAACCUGCGUCAAUCGAUGCUACGCCUCGGGCAGUCAGGGAGGAUGUGCUUGCGACUCGGCGUGUACAUAUUACAACGAUUGUUGCUCCGACUUCAAUACUACGUGCACACGCACAUCUGCAACUGAUGUCCCUGGUGAUGCUUCCUGUCAGUUUAGAUGCUAUACUGACGGCAGUCAAGGAGGAUGCUACUGUGAUUCCGUGUGCCCGAAUUUUGGCGACUGCUGUCCUGAUUACAAUACCUACUGCGUCCAUUCACCUCCACAUAACAGCUCUGGAGAAGCUUCGUGUCAGUUCCGAUGUUACACAUGGGGCAGUCAAGGAGGUUGCUAUUGUGAUUCCUGGUGCACCUAUUUUGGUGACUGCUGUCCUGAUUACAAAACCUACUGCGUCCAUUCCGAUCCAGAUGACUCUGGGGAAGCAACCUGCGUUAAUCGAUGUUACUCCUCGGGCAGUCAAGGAGGAUGUUAUUGUGACUCAGUGUGUCCGUACUUCAAUGACUGCUGUACCGACUUCAAUUCUAUUUGUACACGCCAUCCUGGACCUAGUACCCCUGGUGAUGCUUCCUGUGUCAAUCGAUGUUACUCCUGGGGCAGUCAAGGUGGAUGUUAUUGCGACUCGGCGUGUCCAUAUUUCAAUGACUGCUGUACGGACUUCAAUUCUGUUUGCGUACGCCAACCUGCGAAUGAUAUCUUUGGAGACCCUUCCUGUCAGUUCCGAUGUUACACCGACGGCGGUCAAGGAGGUUGCUAUUGUGAUUCCGUCUGCCAGGAUUACGGCGACUGCUGUCCCGAUUACGAUAUCUUUUGUGUCCGCUCUACGCCAGAUGAUUCCGGUGAAGCAACCUGCGUGAAUCGUUGUUACUCCUCGGGCAGUCAAGGAGGAUGUUAUUGCGACUCAGCGUGUGCACAUUUAGGUGACUGCUGUACAGACUUCAAUACUGUUUGUACACGCUCACCUGGAAAUAAUGUUCCCGGUGAUGCCACCUGUCGAUUUCGGUGUUACGAAUGGGGCAGUCAAGGAGGAUGCUUUUGUGAUUCCGAGUGUCCAGAUUAUGGCGACUGCUGUCCCGACUACAAUACCUAUUGCGUCCAUCAACAUCCACAUUAUCGCGGUGGGAGAGGGAGCUGUGUUAAUCGAUGUUACUCCUGGGGAAGUCAAGGUGGAUGUGCUUGCGACUCAGCGUGUACGUACUUCAACGACUGCUGUUCAGACUUCACGACCGUGUGCACACGCGCACCUGGCGAUGAUGUCCCUGGUGAAGCUUCCUGUCGAUUUCGAUGCUACGACCAAGGCAGUCAAGGAGGUUGCUAUUGCGAUUCCGUCUGCCCAACAUUUGGCGACUGCUGUCCUGAUUACUUCUCCUCUUGCCGCCGUUUAACUCGAACCAAUGGGACAGUUGAAGGAACCUGUGACAAUCGAUGUUACUCCUCAGGAAGUCAAGGAGGAUGUGCUUGCAACUCAGCGUGUACGUUUUUCAAUGACUGCUGUUCAGACUUCACUGCUGAGUGCACACGCGCACCUGGCGAUGAUGUAUCUGGCAAUGCUUCCUGUACUCAGCGCUGUUACUCUUGUGGCAGUCAAGGGGGAUGCUUCUGUGAUGCUGAAUGUGAGAAUUACGGCGACUGCUGCCCGGACUUCGUUCUCGUUUGCAACGCCACCGAUUCCGGACAAACAAAUACAUGUAAUGACUCAACAUCAGCUGUUGACUCUGAAGUAACUGAUCAAAUGGAAACUACUGCCUCAUCAGGUGAUAUUAGCACUGGAGGACCGACAUCAGGAGAUGACCAAGGGCCAACUACUGCCUCACCAGGCGAUGGCGGCCAAGGAGGACCCACUACAAUAACUGAUCAAAUGGAAACUACUGCCUCAUCAGGUGAUAUUAGCACUGGAGGACCGACAUCAGGAGAUGAGCAAGGGCCAACUACUGCCUCACCAGGCGAUGGCGGCCCAGGAGGACCAACAUCAGGAGAUGACCAAGGGCCAACUACUGCCUCACCAGGCGAUGGCGGCCCAGGAGGACCGACAUCAGGAGAUGACCAAGGGCCAACUACUGCCUCACCAGGCGAUGGCGGCCCAGGAGGACCGACAUCAGGAGACGAGCAAGGGCCAACUACUGCCUCACCAGGCGAUGGCGGCCCAGAAGGACCGACAUCAGGAGAUGACCAAGGGCCAACUACUGCCUCAACAGGCGAUGGCGGCCAAGGAGGACCCACAUCAGGAGAGGAGCAAGGGCCAACUACUGCCUCACCAGGCGAUGGCGGCCCAGAAGGACCGACAUCAGGAGACGACCAAGGGCCAACUACUGCCUCACCAGGCAAUGGCGGCCAAGGAGGACCGACAUCAGGAGAUGACCAAGGGCCAACUACUGCCUCACCAGGCGAUGGUGGCCAAGGAGGACCGACAUCAGGAGAUGACCAAGGGCCAACUACUGCCUCAACAGGCGAUGGCGGCCAAGGAGGACCGACAUCAGGAGAUGAGCAAGGGCCAACUACUGCCUCAACAGGCGAUGGCGGCCCAGAAGGACCAACAUCAGGAGAUGACUUCGGGCCCACGACUGCCUCAACAGGCGAUGGCGGCCAAGGAGGAUCAACAUCAGGAGACGAGCAAGGGCCAACUACUGCCUCACCAGGCGAUGGCGGCCCAGAAGGACCGACAUCAGGAGACGAGCAAGGGCCAACUACUGCCUCACCAGGCGAUGGCGGCCCAGAAGGACCGACAUCAGGAGAUGAGCAAGGGCCAACUACUGCCUCACCAGGCGAUGGCGGCCAAGGAGGACCGACAUCAGGAGACGAGCAAGGGCCAACUACUGCCUCACCAGGCGAUGGCGGCCCAGAAGGACCGACAUCAGGAGAUGAGCAAGGGCCAACUACUGCCUCACCAGGCGAUGGCGGCCCAGAAGGAUCGACAUCAAGAGACGAGCAAGGGCCAACUACUGCCUCACCAGGCGAUGGCGGCCCAGAAGGACCGACAUCAGGAGACGAGCAAGGGCCAACUACUGCCUCACCAGGCGAUGGCGGCCCAGAAGGACCGACAUCAGGAGACGACCAAGGGCCAACUACUGCCUCACCAGGCGAUGGCGGCCAAGGAGGACCGACAUCAGGAGAUGACCAAGGGCCAACUACUGCCUCACCAGGCGAUGGUGGCCAAGGAGGACCGACAUCAGGAGAUGACCAAGGGCCAACUACUGCCUCACCAGGCGAUGGCGGCCAAGGAGGACCGACAUCAGGAGAUGACCAAGGGCCAACUACUGCCUCACCAGGCAAUGGCGGCCAAGGAGGACCGACAUCAGGAGAUGACCAAGGGCCAACUACUGCCUCACCAGGCGAUGGCGGCCCAGGAGGACCAACAUCAGGAGAUGACCAAGGGCCAACUACUGCCUCACCAGGCGAUGGCGGCCCAGGAGGACCGACAUCAGGAGAUGACCAAGGGCCAACUACUGCCUCACCAGGCGAUGGCGGCCCAGGAGGACCGACAUCAGGAGAUGACCAAGGGCCAACUACUGCCUCACCAGGCGAUGGCGGCCAAGGAGGACCAACAUCAGGAGAUGACCAAGGGCCAACUACUGCCUCACCAGGCGAUGGCGGCCCAGAAGCAACCUGCGUUAAUCGAUGUUACACCUCAGGCAGUCAAGGAGGAUGUUACUGCGACUCAGAGUGUGCAAACUCCAAUAACUGCUGUUCCGACUUCACUUCUGUUUGCACACGCACAUCAGAAAAUGACGUCCCUGGAACAGCUUCCUGUAGCCAGCGCUGUUACUCAGAUGGCAGUCAAGGAGGAUGCUUUUGUGACGCUGACUGUGAAGAUUUCGGUGACUGUUGCCCGGACUUCGUCCCCAUAUGCCACGGCCCUAAUCCGGAACUUGGUCAGAUUCCAUUCGGGGCAGGGGCUGGCGAUGAAUUGCUUUCACUUGCAGCCCAACAGUCUGGAAACCCAUCAGAGAAAGAUUUGGUGUCGCCAACCUUCAACCCGCCAUAUUACUUCCCGUAUGGGGAUAAUCUCAAGGACAAGAUAUAUUUCACAGACAAUGGCGUGAUCAUUCUGACCAACGACGAAGGCUUUGACAAAGGAUUCUUCCCCAGCGCCCGGAGCAGCAACUUCCCUGGUGACGUAGAAAUGAUUGCUCCGUUUUGGGCGGAUGUCAGUGCGACUGAGUUGGACGAAACAAGGAAUGUUUUCUACCACGUGUACACCGAGGCUAAUCGAACCACUGCCUGGUCUGGCGGUGACAUUGACAUCUUGGAUCUUGUCGGCUCUAUGAUAUCAGAUCACCCUGAGCACGGGGCUCAGUACGGUAACUUCUCGGCAGUAUGGGCCUUGGUUGUAACCUGGAGUAACGUCCAAGCCGUUUCAUCAUUAUCCAAUGAGACUAAUACAUUUCAAGCGGCGCUUGUGACGGACGGUAGGCACAGCUUUGCCAUCCUCAACUACGGUCCUGGCAGCAUGAACUGGGACCCAGACUUCCUCCCCAACAAGAACGUCAUCCAGGGUUUCACAUACGGAGGCUCCGCGGGCAAGAACGUCCACCUGCCCCUCACCGGCGAUUCGCUCUUCCGUCCCGACAGCGUCAUCGGCAACUCCGGGGUGCGAGGCCGAUGGGUCUACCGCACCGACACACUGGCCGAGGACUAUGUCAACCCGCGCCAGUACUGCCUGGACUGGAACAGUCGCCAGACGCGAGACGGCUCUUUCCAGGCACGCUUCGAGGAGUCGGCCCACACUUGCCCGUGUAGCUACGACAUGGCCCUGCUGGAUCCACGCUUCGUGCUUGUCAACGCGACCGAUCGGCUACCAGGGCAGGCAGAAAAUGAAGCCAUUUGCUUUGUGCAUGUGAAUCAGCUGGACGGCCUGCCGGCACCUAAAUGUUGCUACAUGGAUACUGGUAGUUUUGUCAUCGGUGUGUGCAGCGGUGGCUUUGCCUCGGUCUUCGAGGAGUUCCCUCUCCCAUCCUCCUCCUCCAAUUCAGACGACCAAAGCUGGAUGUCUGAGGAGGUGAUGGCUCGUUACUACUGCUGUGACUUGUCCGAUCUCUGUGAUGUUUACACUCGGAGGCGAACGCCCAUGACAUGCGCAAACUUUCUACCAUACAAGUGGACUUGGUCGAGUGGAGACCCCCACGUGAGAAUCCUGGACGGUGUCGACUACACCUUCAACGGUCUCGGAGAAUACACCCUGCUUCAGAUCGACGAUGACGCCGGGCAAAGACAGUUCGAGUUGCAAGGCCGAACCAAGCGGGCCAAGAACUCCAAAACACAACAACUCGCCGACGCCACGUACUAUUCAGCAUUCGCUGCAGAGUUGGUUGGUGAAGCAAGAAUUGAAAUGAGGCUGAACGCCGAAGCCACAGACUUCAUCACGACAAUCAACGGGAAUAUUGUCACUCUAACAGAAGAGACAUUGAAGAUUGGCGCUUUCAGAGCGUCCAAGAAAACGAAUCCGUUGGAGCUUAAGAUGACGUACAACGCCGGCGUCCAGUUGUUGGUCAGUGCAAAUAACGGUAUUGGUGACAUCACUGUCCUGCUGAACCCGCACUUCAAGCGACAUACCAAAGGAAUAUUCGGUGUUUGGGAUGACAAUCCGAGUAACGAUGCUCUAAAGCGUGACGGUACCAUGCAGCCAGCAACCGGUCAAGAUGGAGAAUUCCUGGAGCAAGACUUUUUUGCGUUCGGGGAAUCCUGGCGUGUGAGCACCACGAAUUCGCUCUUCAACUACGUGUCUCCCAGUGAGAGCUGGGACACAUUCAAUGAUUUGAGCUUCACACCUCUUUUCUUUGGCGACUUGCUUGCCAGUGUUAACGCCAGCAAGCUUCAAGAGGCUAUGACUAUCUGUGACAACAACCAAUUAUGCGUGUACGACACCCUGGCAAUGGAGGACGCAGCCGUUGGGCAAGCCACAAUGAAGCAGUUUGAGGAGAACUUCGCACUCGCGGAGUCAGCUUCCGAUUUCCCACCAGACCUGACCGUAGUAGGGAUUAUUGAAGUUGAGGUCGGACAGACUUUCGUGCUGCAGAUUGAAGCCUCCGAUCCUGAAGGGGAGAGCAUUACCUACUUGCUGGAGAAAGCAGUACCUGGUGCAUCCAUCACAGCGCAAGGUGGUCUUUUCACCUGGACGCCUGUAGACAAAUCUUUUGUUUCAGUCAUCAUCUCGGUCACGGAUGGGAAAUCCAAAACAACAACCCAGGCAAUUGUCAAGAUGUGUGACUGUAUGAAUGGGGGUACGUGUCUCUACAAUCAGGUUGUGGGCACCGAUCUCCUGCAAGUACGGUUCGGGGUAGUACUGUGUCGGUGUCCACCCGGUUGGACCGGGGAGUUCUGUCAAUUGAAUUACGAUGCCUGCGCAGUCAACCCAUGUUUCCUGGGAGUGGCUUGUACCGAUCAGGAUCCACCCUCCCUGGACAGUACCUGUGGACCCUGCCCUGAGGGUCUGGCGGGAGACGGCAGAACCUGCAUCGAUAUUGACGAGUGCGACUUGUACCGUGAUGAGCCAGCCAGCCAGGGCGGGAGAGGCUGCGACCAGACCUGCGUUAACAAUCUCUUUAGCUUUACCUGUGCGUGCAAUCCCGGAUACACGCUGCACUCUGAUGGAAGAUCUUGCAAUGAUAUCAACGAAUGUGAGCUACAAACUGCCAACUGUGCCGAAGAUGCCAUAUGUAGCAACACUGAGAGCAGUUUUACGUGCCGCUGCAUGCCAGGUUUUCAAGGAGACGGAUUUUCUUGUCUUGAUAUAGACGAAUGCCUCCUGAGGAUAGACCGCUGUCCCCAAGCCUGCAUCAACACUGCUGGUUCCUUUGUAUGUAGAUGCUACAAUGACUUUACACUGCAACCAGAUGGCAGUUGUAUAGCCGACAUGCCAUGCUCGAGCGCAAGCUGCACCAAUGCAUUCUGCAUCAGGAGAGACGAUGUAAAUACCUGUCUCUGCUUCUCGGGAUACGAGAGCACAAAUGACCCAACAGUCUGCGAAGAUAUUGAUGAAUGCACUUCGUCUACGCAUAACUGUGAUCCCAGAGCCACUUGUAGAAACACUGAGGGCGGUUACCAGUGCGAUUGCGGUUCUGGCUACACUCUAGAUAACAAUCAACGAGACUGCUUGGAUAUAAACGAGUGUUCUCCAAGUCUGGACACGUGUGAUGCAUCAGUUUCUGAGUGCGUUAACACCGACGGUGGCUACACGUGCCAAUGUCUGCCUGGAUAUGUGGCGAAUGCAACAAAACAGUGUGUUGAUAUCGACGAGUGUGCAGAUUCCCCGUGUAGUCACAUAGCCAACUCCAUCUGCGUCAACUUACCUGGGACGUAUAACUGUCCAUGCAACACGGGAUUCUAUCAAUCAGGAUCAACGUGCAUAGAGUGUGCACCAGACUACUGUCAGAAUGGCGGCACCUGCGUUGCGUCCGAUUCCAGUCCUGGGUCCAUCUUCGUAUGCAGCUGUCUGGCUGAAUUUACGGGUGAGCGAUGCGAGACGCCGUUAUCUAACGCACCGAUACCUAACACACCGAUAUCUGACACACCGAUAGUGGACAUCCGUGUGACAGUACCACCGGUUGAAGGUGGUUUAUCAACUCUUGACAUCGUUCUCAUAAGUCUUGGACUUCUUGUGGUACUCCUGGCCACGGUGGGCAUAAUUCUUGGUAUAGUUUGUCUGUUGAGACGUACGCAUCCGAAGGGUCUUCCAUAUAACAACGCGCUGAUACCUCCGAGAGCCAGUCGCGGUCGCACGAACUACGGUAACUCUGCUGAUCAGGAGUCCUCUGAAGGUUUCAAUGAGGAGGAUGAAGCGAGGAUGAAUCGUCUUGCGGAGACCAUGAACCAGACAGUAAAUCAAGACCUGAGCCUGCCAUACGUAGCUACUGGGCUUGAGGCUCGGAACAUUCCAAUGGUUCCGGUCGGCCAACCCGACGCUACUGCGCCUUCAGUGUCCAACGCGAAUGAGGCUGGGAAUAUGAACAAUCCAAUGGGCCCAUUCAGCCAACGUGGCAUUUAUCUGCCUCCCAUGUCGACCGGGAUGGAUGCUCUCAAUGCGAACAAUCCACCGGGUCCUAUCAGCCGACCUCACCAUGGGCGGCCCUACGAGUUCAGUGGGAUGGAGGCUGGGAAUACAUACUAUCCAACGGGUAACCCCACCGGUUACCAGAGAAGUGUUCUCCCACGGGGGCCAGCAGUACGCCAACGUGACGUCACUCUGCCUUACAUGACGGCCGGGGUGGAGACUCAGGACACGGCCGACGAAACGGUAAGCACAACAUAAUGAGUAUACCUAGAGUUGGCUGAACAAAUCUCCCAUCAAUUA